AUGGAAUUUGUGCAGAAUUGGGACGGUUACGCAGUCCGCGAUUGGAUGAUUCGGAAUGUGGAUGUGGUGGGGUAUAUUUCUGGCAUUUACCUCGCAUUUGUUUUCACUGGACCAAAACUCUUUGCGAAAAUUACGGGCCGCGAUGGGGCAACAUCUGUAGCACCCGCAAGGCAAGGUGUUGCAGGUGGCAGUGGGUCCAAGGCGGUACGUCGUGCCAUGGUGUUGUGGAAUUUAUCCCUCUCUGUCUUCUCCAUAUUUGGCACGAGCACUGUCACGCCCACCCUUGUCAGGAACAUCAUGAACAAGGGAUUCUAUGAGGCAACCUGCACAUUUAACGAUAAGGAAUUCUACACGACGGAUGUAGGGUUCUGGAUCGGCGUGUUUGCUCUUUCCAAGAUUCCUGAGUUGAUGGACACCAUAUUUUUGGUGCUUCAAGGGAAGUCGACAUUGCCGUUCCUUCACUGGUACCACCAUGUCACGGUGUUGCUCUUCUCGUGGCACACUUACUGUGUUGGAAGCUCAGGAUACAUUUGGGUGGCGGCUAUGAACUACAGCGUGCAUUCCAUCAUGUACUUGUACUUUGCUAUUGCGGAGAUGGGUUACAAACACGUUGUACGUCCGUGGGCAUCUUACAUCACCAUCUUGCAAAUCUUGCAGAUGGUCAUGGGCUGCUUCGUCACCUUGUAUGCGAUGCAAGAGAGCCACGAUGGCCGUGGUUGCGGCAUGACAUGGUCAAACAUGCGUAUCCAACUGCUGAUGUAUGCCAGUUAUCUCUAUCUCUUUUCGGAAAUGUUCGUGAAGGCACACGUGCUUCCACGAUGGGCACCAGUCGCUACCCAUGCCAAUGGCUCCUUGAAAAAGUCUAGCUGA